AUGCUUUGCUUGUUGAUAUCUGGCCCGACUGAGUCAGGAAAUGAUAUUGAUGUGUACCUCCAACCGCUUUUAGAAGAUUUACAGGAGUUAUGGAAUGGGAAGCAAGUGUACGAUGCAUAUAAGAAAGAGUUUUUUAUGCUUAGGGGAAUUUUAUUAUGGACAAUAAGUGAUUAUCCGGCUUUAGGUUGUUUGUCCGGCAAUGUCACUAAAGGGUAUAAUGCUUGUACAAUUUGUGUUGAUCAAACAAAUGCUACAAGGCUGGUUAAUUACCGCAAGACAGUGGUUAUGAGGCAUCGGAGGUGGUUACCAAGGCAGCAUCCAUAUAGAAGGCAAAAAUCAGCUUUUGAUAACACUGUGGAGAAGGGCGUUGCUCCAAUUCCUUUGACUGGAGAGCAAGUUUUUGAAAGAGUACAACAUCUAAGGAGCCAUGUCUUUGGUAAGAAACAACGCCAACCUCGAUGGAAGAAGGGUGAACCUCGACCCAUAUGGAAGAAGGUUUCUAUAUUCUUCCAACUUGAGUAUUGGAAGUUUUUGCCAGUUAGGCAUUGCCUCGAUGUAAUGCACAUCGAGAAAAAUAUCUGUGAAGCUUUGGUUGGUACUCUACUCAAUAUUCCAGGAAAGACUAAAGAUAGAGAGUCUGUCCGUCUUGACAUGGCUGAGAUGGGAAUAAGAACGGAGCUGAGGCCAAAAACUCCUGGAAAGAAAGAGAAGGUACCCUUAGCAUCCUGGAACUUAUUAAAUGCAGAAAAGAAAAUUGUUUUCUCAUCCUUUCUUAAGAUGAAGUUGCCAAAUGGAUUUUGUUCAAACAUCAAGAAUCUCGUAAACAUGGAAAAACUUCGGCUUGUUGGUGUGAAAUCUCAUGACUGCCAUACAAUAUUGCAUCACUUACUACCAAUUGUAAUUCGAUCAAGCCUUCAAAAACAGGUCAGGUGCACAAUUAUUAGGUUCUGCCUAUUUUUCAAGGCAAUUUGCAGCAAAGUCAUCGAGAUAGAUAAAUUAGAAAAAAUGCAGUCUCAGUUGAUCGAAACCUUAUGCCAGCUAGAGAAACACUUUCCCCCGUCAUUUUUUGAUGUGAUGAUACAUCUCUCAAUUCAUCUUGUGAGAGAGGUUGAGCUUUGCGGGCCAAUCUUUCUACGUUGGAUGUAUCCUUUCGAGAGGUAUAUGAAGACCUUCAAGGGGUAUGUACGGAACCCAGCUCGUCCAGAAGGUUGUAUUGCCGAGGGGUAUUGUGCAGAAGAGGCUGUGCAAUGUUUGGUUGACUUGGAAGAUACUACAGGAUUGCAUCAAGAUACUAAACAUAAUGAAGAUAUAAUUUGCAGACCCUUAUCAGGUGCAACAAUAAUAAAGCCCAACAGUAAAGAAAUGCACCUAGCUCAUUUGUGUGUUCUUCAAAAUAUCAAUGACGUUAGGCCAUAUUUAGACGAACAUAUGGCGCACUUGAUGAUGAGAUAUCCACAACAUGAGAAUGACGAACACUGGCUAAAAAACAAGCAAAAUGAUGAAUUUCCUAAAUGGUUACAGAAAAAGAUUAAGUCAGAGUUGGUUGAUGACAAGAAUAAGGUAACUAAAGAGAUCAUGUGGAUUGCGGAAGGCCCCAACAAGGAUGUUCCAACAUUCAGCGGCUACAAAAUUAAUGGUGUAACUUAUAGCACCAAAGAGCGUGAUGAUAAACGACAAGUUCAGGGCAGCGAUAUGAACAGAGGGGUUAAAGUGGAUGACUUAGGAUAUACAUUGGUGAAUUUACAAAAAUUAGGUUCUGUAAAUGAUCCAUUUGUUUUAGGGAAACAUGUUAAGCAAGUUUGUUAUAUUGACGACCCUCUUGAGAAAAUGUGGUCUGUUGUGCUGAGAUUACCUGAGAAGAACUAUUAUGAUCAAAGUGAUGAUGAAAAUGAAGGAUCCAUAGAAAUUGAACUUGAGAAUGAGCUAGAUGUGCCAAUGUUCCCCACUGUUGACGAACACGAGGAACAAAACUCUAACUACAUGCGGGAGGAAAACGAAUUGAUCUAG